AUGUCAGCCGGAACAAAUAAUAUCGUCGACUUUCUCCAGCGCCAUCAGAUCAUACAGGAGCACCGAGACUCAUCAGACUUGCUGAUUCAGGAUAUUCUCGUAUACUGCAACAAACUCGAAGCCGCCCUUCGAUUCCAGAACCAGAAACUCGCCGACGAGCUCCAAGGGUGUAAACGCGAUAACAGAGAUUUGCAGACCAAGCUGCAGAAUAGCGAGGCGAGAACCGAGUGGAUUUUAAAGGAACAUGAACAAAUGAGGAGCCAAAAUGCGUACAUUCUCGUCAUGAUUGACGGCGACGGCCUGCUGUUCCGCGACCAAUGGAUCAGGCAGGGUGUUGAGGGCGGCAAGAAGGCUGCUCGCGCGCUUCACGACGCCGUCAACGCUCAGGGCGGCCAGCACGACCAGGUCGAAGUUAUCACAAAAGUCGUGGCCAACUUUGGCGGCCUGGCCAAGUCUCUGGGCCGCGACCUGUCCGACUUGAAAGACUUCGCUUUGGGAUUUACCCAAGAAAAGGCUACGUUUGACUUUAUCGAUGUUGGACACGGCAAGGACUGUGUCUCAUCCAAGAUUAAGAGUAUGCCGCGCCCCUUCUGGAUCAAGGACAAUCUCGGGGGGUUGUCGGAAAAGGAGAGAGGAAGAAGCCCGUUGCUGACUGACCCGGGUCAACCCGCAGACAAUAUACAUUUCCACCUUGCAAACUACAACUGCAGACAUAUUCUCCUGGGCAUUUCCCACGACGCCUCAUUCGCCCCCUUCCUCAGCGAGAUUGCCCAAGACGAGUUCUCGCUCCGCCGCAUGAGCAUCAUCGAAGGCAUCCCAACCGUCCCCGAGCUCGUCGCCACCAACAUGCCCAGCAUAGAUCUGGGAAAGGACCUUUUCCGCAGCGACAAGUGCCCCGACAGAAACGCAUCCGCCUGGCCCCUCGGCAGCUGGGCGGCCGGACCCAGGACUGCCAGCCCUGCCGGUAGCAUCGGUUGGGCCAGCACGCCAGGCCGGUCGUCGCUGUCGUACGCCAACGCCGCGAGCAGCAGCAGCAGCAGCAGCAGCAGCAACAGCAACAACAGCCCCCCUCCGCGGAUUUCGCUCCCCAUGACGCCCCGGCCGAUGCCCAGCCGGGCCACCAAGGCGCAGCAGUACCAGCAGAUCCCCCCCCAGCAGCCCGACUGGAACCCAGGCCACCGCGGGCUAGACGAGCCCAUCACCGUCAGCGUCUCCGCCAUGGAGAGCAUCAAGAAGCGCAGGGAGUCGGACAAGCUGUGCAACAACCACUUCCUGCGCGGACCCUGCACCAAGGGCGACUCGUGCUUCUUCGUCCACGACUACAAGCCCAGCAGCGAGGAGAUCAACGCCAUUGCCGUGCUGGCGCGUCAGAACCCCUGCACCAACGGGCAGGACUGCGAGUCUGACGAGUGCAUCUACGGCCACCACUGCCCCAGCAUCCGCGACAACGUCUGCGUACACCCCUUUUGCAAAUUCCCCGAGGACGCGCAUCCCCCUGGGACCAAAUUCAAGAACCCGAGCAUCAAGGCGAAUUGA